AAAACUAUUGAUUUAAUGUUACAGAACUCAUACAGAAUGUAUUUUAAUGUUUUAUUAUUGUAAUGUGAUACAGUAAGUAUACCGGUGUCUCGUUAGUUUAAAGUCUUAGUUUAUCAGACACUAGUAUUCGCAUUUUUCGAGAAUUUUGCAGAAACUGAAUGUUGCAAUAGCCUGACGUUGCUACCACUGGAAAAGGAAGGACUAUCAGUAACACAGAAACACCCAGUGUAAAAACCACAAACAUAGGGAAAGAUGUUGUUUUUUUAAAAAACCAAUAGAAGUCUUGUGUUUUUGUCUUUUGCUUUUUGAGGCUCUCAUUCAGUACCGCUAUUAUAUAUUACUGCCUCAUAAUAUACUGUGGACGUUCUUACAACACUGUGAACGAUGUACAGAAUGGAGCAUAACUGUUCAUUGUGGGCUUUCACUUUUCUAAUGUUGCUGUGUCCAGGUGUACUUUUUUUGACAAAUGGUGCAAAGGAAAGUAACAGAACCAUCUACACAGGACUAAAAAUUAAGGCUGCCGAUUUGACAAUAUGCGAUAAUGCAUGUGUCAUUGAUGAAGCCAACUGCAUUCCCAGAUUUCCAUAUAUCAAUCCAGAUUUUGUGAACAACUUCUCGUGUUUUUAUGCACCUUCUGAAAAGUCUAUUACCUGCAACUGGAACAUUGUUAGCAGCUACAAUGAAGAAAUGACAUACUCUUUGAUUUUCAGUAGAAAUAUCCUCUACUCCUGCCCGAGCAUUUUUGGUCCACUGGGACGAUUUAAUGUGACAAUUAUAGGAAGGGACAACAUGAACAAGAUCAAGCUGUUGUCUUCACAUUUCUUUGUGCUCAUCGAAACAAUAGUCAAAACCCCGAGCCCAACAAUCACAUCAAUACAUGCAAAAAAUACAUCAUUGCAUGUGAAGUGGAGCAUCAACAUGGAUAAUACAGAUUGGACUAUUAAACAACAACAAUGUGAAGUUCAUUAUAGGUCUACCUCCAGCCACCAGUGGUCAAAGGUCGAUGUGAACGGCACCAGUGGGAAUGGUGUGUACACCAUUAAUGGCCUGCAGCCGUUCAGCGAGUACAGCGUAGCAGUUGCCUGUAAAGCAGCUGAUUAUACCUACUGGAGUGACCGCAGCAGUGAGGUUGUGACGAAGACACCGGAGAACCCCCCCACGAAGCUACUGGACGUGUGUCAGCGUGUGGAAGGACAUCGCAGACUGACACUCCUGUGGAAGGCUUUAGAAGAUGAAGAUUUUCGUGGGCCUAUCCUUGGUUAUACGGUGCACUACAAAUCUCGUGCCAACCAGUCUCUGUCCAGAACAUUUAACACCACCAAUCUGAAAGCCAACAUUGUGCUGACGGAGGACGAAUACGAAGUCUGGGUAACGGCUUAUAACACGGUUGGAGACUCUCCCUUUCGCCUUAUUAAUGUGACUUCUGAUACCGAACACCGAUCUCAUCUGAACUCUGCUGUGCCGUCUGUCAGAGGGAUCUGGGCGAGUUCUCAGGGCAACAACAUGUGGGUCCAGUGGGAUGCCGGGAACGCAAAAGAGCUAAUCAGUGAGUUCGCCAUCGAGUGGGCUGUGGAUGGAAAACCUGCAACCAGCCAGUGGCUGCGAGCUAACAGCACCACCGACACCGUUGCCUUGCAAGGCAAACUUCAGCCAAACUCAAGGUUCAACAUCAGUGUUUAUCCCAUUUACAAAAGUAUCUGUGGCCCUCCGAAAUCAAUCCAGGCCACCCUGGAGGAUGGCGCACUUGGGGACAUUGGAACAUGGGAUUUGGCCAGUGUGACCAAGAACACAGCCACUUUGCAGAAGAAGGAGCCGAAUGUUCGAGACAACAGUUUGCCCAGAAUCACAAUGAAACUCAACCGCAAAGGCAAUGUUCAGGACUUUCCAGUCAGUUCAGAUGAACAAUAUUUCACCCUCAGAAAUCUGACACCAAACACAAAAUACAGUGUUCAGGUGAUAGCAGAAAACUGCAAUAGUGGCACUUGCGGUGGUACCAUUCAGUUCCAAACUCUGCAGUUUGAUAUCGAAGACAUUUUUGCCAUAACCAUUCCAACUUUCCUGCUUAUCUUGGGAGCACUAGUCAUCUUUCUUUCUGUGACUGUAUAUAGGAGCAAUUUCUUUCCAGUGAUUCCAAACCCAUCUAAAAGCCUUGUUGGAAAGUGGCUGUUGGAGACACAGCAUGAGAUAGCACCGAAGCUGCUGCAAUUAGAAGGGCUCUCCGCUCUGCACGUGCCUUCCGAUGGCUACUACAUUCAAGUCAAGCCAUCGGAGCUCUCAGUCAUCACUGUGUCCACAGGACAGACCCAGCUGGCAGUGCAACAUGACUACAUCUAGAGCAAUCUUUACCCAACGGAAAGUCUCGCUAGGCCUCUCCCGCAUCAUCCUUGAUAGCUGGCAGUAUAAUUAUUUUUUGUCUUAAUUUCAUAUACAGUAGAUUCGGUUUACUUUCUCGGUAACUGUUACAGUAUAUCUUUGUUUUUAGAAGAGAAUUGAAAAAAAUAUUUACUCACUACGGGGGGCGCGGUGGCGCAGUGGGUUGGAC